AUGGAGGUCUUUGAGAGUGUCUUAACGAUAUUCCUAAAGAAUUGCCAUUAUACUUUCCACCCUUUCUGCGAGGAGGAGAAGAUCACCCAUCUUUGUUUUGCAGACGACCUAUUCUUGUUUGCACAUGCUAAUGUUGAGACCAUUCAAACUAUAAAAGAUGUGCUUACAUUCUUUUCUGAUGUUGCAGGUUUAUCAAUUAAUGUAGAUAAUAGUACAGCGUUCUAUGGUGGUGUUGAUGAUGAGACAAAGGCGAGGAUACAAGACAUUAUGGGCAUCUCUGAAGGGUCAUUUUCGGUACGUUAUUUAGGUAUUCUGCUCACAACAAGGCAGAUCCAAGUUAUUCACUAUAGGCCGCUCAUUGAAAAGGUCAAGAACGUCAUUAUGGGUUGGGCGGCUAAGAAGCUUUCGUAUGCGGAUAGAAUCGAUUUGGUUGGAAGCGUGGUCAUGGGGUUAAUUGGAUAUUGGUCUCAACAAAUUGUUCUCCCGAAGAAAGUUACGAAAGAGCUGGACACCAUUAUGUGUAACUUUAUUUGGGGCAGCCAAGGUCGUGGGGGAAGAAAGUCAUGUGGACUGACGUUUAUAAACCGAAAGACGGAGGUGGUAUUGGGCUAA